AUGUCUGUCUUAUCCGAGCGACUCGUAACACAGCUGCUUCGCAUUCGUAACCGCGAACUAGAGCUAGAGACGAAGCAGCAGGAGCUGGACAGCAAGCUGAAGCAAGAAGAAGAUCUCCGUCGAGAGCUCGAGGUCGAGCAGGAGAAGCUGGCGAAAUUGAGGAGUGUGCAAGAGACUCUCGAGAAGCUAAACGACGGGUCCGAGGCGAAAUAUAAAGCCGUGAAAGAGGACGACGAGCUUCAGCGAAAGCAGAUCUCAGAGGAGCUGAAGCGACGUAUAGCUGAGGUGGAUGAGAUAUCGAGAGAGUUGAUACAACGUGAGCAGGACGCGAUGGCGCGAAAGGAGCUGCUUAUGAAGCAGCAGGAGAUCUACGAGGAGCACUCGGGCUCUGGCAAAGAGAAAUUCGAAGCGUUGCUGGCGAAGCGCGAGGGCGAGGUGGAGGCGCUCACGAAAAAGAAGAUGGAUAACAUCUGCCGUACCUCCGAGCUUCAGAAGCAGCUAGAAACAGAAACAGAGCAGCUGAUCGCCGCCAAGCAGGUGCAGGAUGACCUCAAAGCCAAGGUGGAAGAGUUCCUCGCUCGCUUCUCUGUUCUUCAAACGCAGCUGAAGGAUGCGAAAAAGGUGUACGAGUCUGCUUCAACAGAUAAGGACCGUACCACGCGCGUCCUCAAGGCACUGGAGAGCGAUCUCGCAAUGGCCCGGCGUCGCGCUACGACGAGUCGAGGCGAGCGAGACAAGGAAUUCGCCAAGGUCACUGCUCUGAGGGAGAAGAUGGGCGCGUUACGGAACCAAAUCACCACCAUUGAGAGUGUCACAAAGAUGCUUUCCACACCUAUAGAGGACAGUGCUGUGGCUGGGCCUGCAGAGCCGCGAAAGUGA